UGCUAUACUUCCAAGGUAAAGAGCAGCAUCCAAUAGAUGUGACUCUUUUCACGCAAGGGAGGUGUCGGUUAAAUGCAUAAAUAGGUCGGCAAGACAUGUGUAAAAGUUAUGAUUCCAUAGUAAACAGGAACAAUCAUCGAACACCACCAUGGUUCAGUGGACAGACAAGGAGCGCGCGAUCAUCACCGAUAUUUUCGGCAACAUGAACUAUGAGGAAAUCGGGCCCAAAGCCCUGCAGAGGUGCCUGGUCGUGUACCCUUGGACCCAGCGUUAUUUUGGCGGCUUUGGUAACUUGUAUAACGCCGAUGCCAUCGCGGCCAACCCAAUGGUGGCCCAGCACGGCAUCACCGUGCUCCACGGCCUGGACCGGGCCGUGAAGAACAUGGAUGACAUCAAGAACACCUACAGCGAGCUCAGCGUCCUGCAUUCCGAGAAGCUGCACGUGGACCCAGACAACUUCAAACUGCUGGGAGACUGCCUGAGCGUGGUGGUUGCUGGAAAGAUGGGCCUUGCCUUCACACCAGAGGUCCAGGCUACCUGGCAGAAGUUCUUGGCUUGUGUGAUCUCAGCCCUAUGCCGCCAGUACCACUAAAUGGACGAUUGGCUCCUUGGGCACAUACAAGCGACAACGCACACUGCCAUUGCUGUGCAAGAUCAAUAAAAGUGACAUCAACCC